CGCCGCGCCGGGCACGUGUGCGCGGCGGCACCAAUGGGCGGGCGCGGCGCCGCCUCCCGCUCCCCGCUCCCCGCUCGGCGCGAUGGCGGCGGCUCCGGGCGCGCUGUCGGGCGGCGGCGGCCGCUGGGAGGUGGUGCGCAAGGGCCGGCGGCCCGCGGGCGGCACCGGCAGCCGCCGCGCCCUGGGAGAGGCCAACGCCGGCCGCGCUGGGCUGCCCACGGCCGCCCCCAUCGCCACCUCCGACACCAUCUUCGAGCUGGGCUUCGAGAAGGCGCUGAAGAAGCAGAACAAGGAGCAGGUGCCCCCGGCGCCGGAGCCGCCGCAGCGCCGGCAGCACGCGGGGAAAAGCACGAAGAAGCCCCUGGCGAGCGACGCCGGAGCCAAGCCGGGGAAAUGCCGCUCGCUGGAGGAAGCGCUGCGAGCCCUGGACCUGGCGGAUCUGCAGAAGGAGCUGGAGAAGAGCCAGAGCGUGUUCCCCGAGAACCCCUCGGUCUGGGUGAAGGACCUGGCCAGUUACCUCAACUACAAGCUGCAGGCGCCGCGGAGCGAUCCGGCGCUCAGCCAGCACCCCCACGACUACCCGUACAGCCUGGUGGGCCGGGAGCUGCGCGGCAUCAUCCGGGCGCUGCUGGGCCGGGCGGCCGGCGUGCUGGAGCUCUUCUUCGACCACUGCAUCUACACCAUGCUGCAGGAGCUGGACAAGGCCCCAGGGGAGUCCCUGCACGGGUACCGGAUCUGCAUCCAGGCCCUGCUCCUGGACCGGCCCAAGAUCGCCACGGCCAGCCUGGGCAAGUACUUGGAAGUGCUGCGGUCGCACCAGAACCGGCCAGCGAAGUGUCUUACCGUGCUCUGGGCGCUGGGACAGGCCGGGUUCGCUGACCUGCACGAGGGGCUGAAAGUCUGGCUCGGCGUCAUGCUGCCGGUGCUCGGGAUCAAGACGCUCUCCCCGUACGCCGUCUCCUACCUGGACCGUCUGCUGAUGAUGCACCCAAACCUGACCAAAGGCUUCGGGAUGAUCGGCCCCAAGGAUUUCUUCCCCCUCCUGGACUUCGCCUUCAUGCCCAACAACUCGCUGCCGCCCAGCCUGCAGGAGCAGCUGCGCCGGCUCUACCCGCGCCUGAAGGUGCUGGCGUUCGGCGCGAGGCCCGAGGCCGCCCUGCACACCUACUUCCCGUCCUUCCUCUCGCGGGCCACGCCGAGCUGCCCCCCCGGCAUGAAGAAGGAGCUCCUGACCUCCCUGAGCCAGUGCCUGAGCCUGGACCCGCUGAGCUUCGGCGUCUGGCGGCAGCUCUACACCAAGCACCUCUCCCAGUCCAGUUUGCUUCUGAACCAUCUGCUGGAGUCCUGGGACAGCAGCAGCAAGACGGUGCGGCAGUCGCUGCAGGAGACGGUUCGCUCCUUCAGAGUGACAAACGAGGAGCUGGUGGCGAGAGGGUCCAGUGGCGCCCAGGACGUGGCCGCCUGCGAUGCCGCCUGCAAGGAGCUGCUGCGCAGGAUGCGGGGCCGGGGCUUCCCCUGGCAGCGGCUGCUGCUCGUCCUCCUGGUCUUCGCGGCCGGAUUCCUCCUGCACGACGUCCGCACACACGGCUCCUUCCAGGCCUCCUCCUCCGCUCAGCUGCUCCGCGACUCGGGCGUCCUGCCGGCCUGGCAGCGCGCCUGGCACACGGCCUGGCACGGCUGCCGCGAGGGGCUCAGGUGGCUGGAGCGGAGCCUGCCCGGCCUGGGCUCCGGGGCGGCCGCCGUGCUGCAGCCGCAGCUGGAGCUGCUCUGGGCGGGGAGCGGCGAGGCGGCCCUGGUCGUGUCCCAGCAGUGCUCGGCCCUGCUGGCCCAGCUCCGCAGCGGCCUGCCCUGGCUCGCCGAGUGGCUCCAGUCCCGUGUCCCCGAGUCGCUGCUGCACGUGGCCGAGUGUGUGCGGGAGCUGCUGCUGUUCCUGGUGCGGAGCUGCCUGCUGCCGCUGCUGGAGGGGCUGGCGGCCGCGCUGCGCCACGGCUGGGACCGCUGGGCCGACUCCUGCGAUGGGGACGUGUCCUGGGCCUGCGUGCGGGAGCAGCUCGGCAGCCUCACCUACUCCUCCUGGGUUUACCUGCACAACACCACCGUGGCCGUCACCAACUGGGCGCUGGCCGCAAUUUCGGGACACUGACGCGGUGCCGGUGCCGGUGCCGCCGCCGAGGAGCAGCGCGGGGCCGGGGACAGCGCCGGGCCGGGGACAGCGCCGGGCCGGGGACAGCGCGGGGACUUUGGGCUGCAGGGGGUGAGCGGGGCGGUUUUGUUCUCCUGGAAACACGCUGGGCCCCCGGUGCCUGCGCCCGCUGGUCCCCCCGCCGGGGGGCGCCCGCCGAGAACCCGUCUCGCGCGGCGGGGCCGCGGCACACGCGUGUGCGCGUGACACGUGUACAUAUGAGUGCUUACCGGGGCGCGUA